AUGAAGAAGGUCGGAGGUGUUUCUUUGGUUUUCUCCAAGACAAAUACAGCGAAAAAACUGCAACCAUCGUCGGCGAUUUCUGAAAUUAAGGAACCCAAUAAUAAGGAGACGGAUUUUGUGUCGGCUUUAGAAGAUAAAAAAGUACACAGUUCAAAAGGUGACCCUGAAGAAACAAAGGAAUAUGUCAUUCCUCUAAUCAAGAAGAAUUUGUGGAAAAAACAAAUUGAUGAUAAAUUCAAGAAAACAGUAGAAAAUAAAACAGAACCUCUGGAUUCUUUAGAGACUUUGGCAGCUCAAGAAAUUGUGGAAGAAUCUGCCAAACAAAAUGAAGCUUGGAAUGAACGUGGUAGCGAAGACACAAAUUUAGCCAUUCCUCUUCUAAUGCAGAAUCAAAUUCCUGAGGGUUUUGAAACAGAUGAUAAAUUGGACGUCUCAUUACGUCCCGAUGCGCCUGAGGAUACUGUCUAUGAUGAAAUUCCAAUUGAACAUUUUGGUAAAGCAAUGCUUCGAGGAAUGGGUUGGAAAGAAGGAGAUGGAAUUGGAAAAAAUAAAAAGUUCGUAAGCACAAUUGAUGCUGUGAUUCGUCCAAAAGGCAUGGGACUUGGUGCUGAUAAAAGCCUGAUACAGAAUUUGAACCAGACUAAACAAAACAAACAGAAAGAUGAUGAAAAUGUGCUGAUAAUGAAGAAAGGCAGUUUUUGUUUGGUUGAGAAAGGAUCUUCCAAAGGUCUUUAUGGAAUUGUUGAAAGUAUUGAUGAAGACAAUGCCAGAGUUUUGGUGAAAUUAUCCAUCAGCAGCAACACCAUCACAGUCAGCCAAUAUAACAUUCGACUUGUGACCAAAAAAGAAUUUGAGAAAUAUUCCAAGUAUAUCAACAAGGCAAAGGUUGAUGAGUACAAAAUGGAAGAAGAGAAAAAGAAACAGCAAUCAUCAUCAUCAUCAUCAUCUUCUUCCAGAAAUGGCAGUAGUCACACUAGUAAUCGGUCAAGCAACAAACGCUGCAGCAAUGAACGAGUUGACCACCACCAGGACUCAAAUCACAAAAAGCACAAAACUGAAAAUUAUCACGAGUCAAAUCGCAACAACAGCAGUGUGAUUUGGUUACGGCCACAAAUCCGAGUUCGAAUUAUCAGCAAUUCCUACAAAAAGGGAAAAUAUUACAAAGAAAAAGUUGUUGUUGAAGAUAUUCUUUCCAUAGACAAUUGUAUCUGCAGAACUGAUGGUGGUAAAGUUCUUGAAGGAUUAAGUCAACAGAUGUUGGAGACUGUAAUUCCACGGGCAGAACCUGGAGUUGUCAUGAUUUUAAGUGGGAAAAACAAAGGAAUGGUUGCAGAAGUGAUAAAAAGAGACAAAUGCAAAUGUCUUGCAACAUUACAGCUGAUGACAGACAGAGAUAAAAUCCUUAAGUUAGAUUACGAUGACAUCAGUGAAUACGUUGGAGAAGUUCUAGAUGAUUACUGA